CAGAGCUAGCGGCAGCAUAGAUGCUGGUCCUCUCCUGUCCCUGAGAUCCUGCUGCUGCUGAUGGCACUACCGCGGUUAUGGUUGGGGUUACUUUCUCAUGCUUUGAUGGGAGUCACGAAGAUACCACUGGAAGAGAACCUGUGUACCACAGUCCCUUGCAGAUUAGCAUUUCCCAAAGAACCUCUGGACAACUCCAUGAUCAUGGGCUACUGGCUCAACAAAAAUGUCAGCGCCCCUGUAGCUACCAAUAAGUCCAAUGUUAUCAUAGAUGAUCACAACAAUGGGAGAUUCCACAUUCUUUGGAACCUUGAAGAACGAGACUGUACCCUGCUGAUCCACAAUGUACUCAAAAGGGACGACGCGACAUACUUGUCCGCUGCAGAUCUUCAAGAACAAAAGACUGCCUUCCUGAGGGAGAACAUCACACUCUUCCUGUCAGAUAUUCCUAUGGCCAGAGCGUCUGUGACCUUGACCUGCACCAUCAGAAGCUCCUGCAUAGCAGCCAAAGCCCGUUUCCUCUCCUGGAAAGAGCCUGCCACGUCCUUCAACACCGAUGGCUCCAGAAACUCCUCCGUCUCUUCCUCGGUGCUGCACUUCACACCAAAGCCCAAGGACCGUGGCACCACACUGCAGUGCUACUUGAACUUCCCUCUAUCUAACUCGACCGCUGUCAGGUUCCCAGUGAUCAUGCCCGCCACACUGUUGUAUUACGUGUGUUCCUUGGAGAAGAUUCCGCAGUGCAACUGCUCUUUCUACGGUAUCCCCACACCCUUCGUGCAGUGGCUUAUGGACGGUGUUCCUGUGAUAAAGAAAAACAUGAGUGACACCUUCCAGGUGACGACCACCAUAACUGCCCCCUGGGCUAACAGCACCAUCAGAUUUACUGGGAAGCCGGAAGAAGUCAUGAGCCUUCGCUGUGAGGGGAAGAACAAAUAUGGAAUCCAAGAGGCAAGCAUCUUCCUGGUACCAGAUGAGAGUUCAGUUCCCAUAUUGUUCGUGAAAGGGCUGAUCCAGGGCAUCGUGUAUGGAGUCAUUAUUCCAGCACUAUUCUACUUCUUCCUUGUCCUUCUUCUAAUCAGGUUUCUUAAGUGGUGGGUGAAGCGUCAAAUCCCCAAGGAGGAAGAGGCCCUGAUCCUCAAGAAGCCAGAGCUGCUGGAGGAGCCGGAAACGUCCAAGGAGACUAAAGACACAACCUCGACCAGCUGGGCCGGAGAGAAGUCCCUGGAGCGGCUGGAGCCCAGGCCGUCCACCAGCCAGGAGGCUGCACUGCUGCGGCCCUCAACGAGCGCUCUUUAGAAACGGAGAUGCCCCGGGCCCCCUGGACCCUUCCGCCCUGGACCCCAGGGCUGGACCGCAGCUCAUUCCAAGGCCUGGCGGCCAGCACAGGGAACCAGGGCUGGGCCUCAACAGCCACUGUCUGCUCUUCAAGCUGAGCUCCCCUUCCAGCAGCCCAGCCCCUGGCCCCAGAGGAGGCCACUCCAUCCCGGCACCACUGCUCGGCCCGGGGCGAAGAGGAAAUGCUAGGAAGGGAGCUCAGGCUGCUGGAACCACGGUCCGCAGACCGGGUGGUUUACACAACAGAAGGCAGUUUUCCAUGAUCCUGGACCCUGGUGAGAUGAGGGUGAGUCUGAGGUGAAGGUGUCGGCAGGGUGGGUUCCCCUGAGGCCCCUCCUUGGCUUGCAGGUGGCCAGAUUCUCUCUGUGUCCUCCCGGGGUCCCCCUCCCUCUCCGUGCCUCUGUGUCCUCUCCUCUCCUCUUAAGGAAAUCAGCCCUAUUGGAGUAGGGCCCACCCUAA